UGUGAAUCAAUAGGUUGAAGGAUAUGAACAAGGGAACUUCAUUGGCCCCACCAUCUUAUCUGAUGUCAGGACCAAUAUGGAUUGUUACAAGAGCUAGGACUAUCAAGAGAAUGAAGGAAAUGGGUCUGGUGAAGGAAAUAGGUGUAAGUUCGAUCGAGCUUGAAAAGAAUGUUUAUAGCUUUGUUGUUGAAGACAGAAACCAUCCACAAGCUGAGGCAAUUUAUGGACUUUUGCAGGAGUUGUUCAGGCUCAUGUUAGAUGAAGGGUAUGUGCCAGAUAAGAGGUUUAUUCUCUGUUACAUUGGUCAAGACUAAAACGGAUAAUCACCAAAGAUAUUCUUUAAUUUCAAAUUUGGGACUCUAAAUUAUUCUUCUACAAACUGUAGACUCAUAGAAGAUGGCAAGUGUAUCAUUUUCUAGCCUUUUCGACAUUGUGUCUAGAAUUGAAUCGGCCAACCCCAAUGCUAAUGUCAAUGAAACUUUUUGAAAAUAAAGUGUACUUCUCUAU